CUUAUUUCAGAUAUCCUGCAAAUUCUUUUCUAUUCUUUCCUUACAAUUCAGUCUUACAAAAAAGCAGAGGUUAAGAGAUAGGUAUCGGAGGAUAUUAGUCCAAUAAGUACUAAACAUGGAUGUGGAAUGCGGAGAUGUAAAUAUAGUUCAUGAAACUGUCCGAAGUCUUCUUGAUUGUGUUGGAGAAAAACAGAAUGUCACCAACACAUUUUCACCAUCUAUAUACAUGGCUCCUAGUACCCUUCGAAAUCUCAGCCCAAAUUCUUUCAUGCCACGCGUGGUCUCUAUUGGACCACUGCACAGAAAAGAUGAAAAUUUGCAACGAUUUGAAGGGCGGAAAGCUGCUUUUGUACAUGAUCUAAUGUCUCGUUCAAAUUCUUCAUCAACACAGAUGUUAACAACAUGUGCGGAGAGGGUGGCUUCUGUAAUAGAGAAGAUCAGGGGAUGUUAUGCUGCUGACGUGAAGUCUUAUGAUGACAUCGAACUUGCAAAAAUGAUGGUUAUGGAUGCUUGUUUUAUACUUGAAUUCAUUCACAAGAUUUCAGUAGGUUCCAACUUAAGGUUGCAAGACCAGUACAUACCUUAUGACUUGGUGCUGCUAGAGAACCAAAUCCCCUUUUUUGUUCUCGAAGACAUAUAUGAAUGCGUUAUUUAUAACUUUGAAGAACGUCUAUCUCUUACCGCAUUUAUCCAUCCACUUCUGAAAUAUACCAACCUCUUCCAAGGAAGAAUUAAAGUAGGUGGUAGUCGUUCUGAUUUCAAUCAUGAUCACAUUCUUGGCUAUUUGCAUCAUUGUUACCAGCCUAAAAAUGAUAUUUCAUCAGCUUUUCCAAGUUCAACAGUCCACUCGGCUGUAGAACUCGACCGUGCUGGAGUAAACUUUAUGCCUAACCAAGACGCAAAAUGGCCAAUGGCAAUGGAAGUUCAAAUGUACCGUUCAACCAUUUUCUGGUUUUUGUUUAAGCCAACUCUCACAAUGCCAACAUUGCGUAUUGAUGACUUCACUGAGUUGAUUUUAAGGAAUCUCAUUGCAUACGAGCAGUCAUAUGUGGUCAAUCCUUACGUCACAUCAUAUGCUAGGGCCAUGGAUAUGCUAAUUGAUACUCAUGAGGACAUUGCCAUGUUGGUGACAUCAAAAGUUAUUGUCAAUCACAAAGGCUCAAAUGAAGAGGCUGCAAAUAUGAUAAAUAGAAUAUGCAAAGAAGUUUUCCCUGAACAUUUCUUUUACACCGAACAAUGGGAGCAACUGGAUAUCCAUUUCAAUAGUUACUGGCCGAGAAAGAUUGUGAAGUUAAAGCGUACUUAUUUCAGUAGUCCAUGGAGUAUCAUUGCUCUAUUCGCUGGAAUCAUCCUUUUUGUUCUUACUGUGGUUCAGACGAUCUUUACCAUUAUGUCUGUAUGAAGCAAAGAACAAAGACUAAACCAUUCUUACAUAUGUUGACUUUACCUUUAGUGUUUGACUUUUCUAUCUGCCAUUGUUAGAAGUCUAACUAUGUCUACUUCUCUGCCAUUAUUUGCUUAUAAAUAAAAAGUUUUUACAAGUAUUUCAUGGAUUAAUCUCAUUUACAACCAACAGCUCAUUGGUGGAGACUAAACUUAGCAUCAAGGAAAGAAACACUAAUAUUUAAUAUUACUAAGUGAAGAACGUCAUGUUAACCAAGAUCAUCCGAGUUACAAGCAUUGGGCCUCUCGGCCGGGUUAUGUUUAGUUGUUUUUUAGUUUAAUUAGUUAUGGGUCAAACAAUGUGUAUGUUAUGUUUAUUAUUUGGGCCGUAGGCCACAUGUAUGGGUCGAACAGAAGUCUUAUA